GUUCAGCCGUGGCGGGUCCUGCUGCUUGCGGGCAUUGUGCGCGCUUUGCUCAUCUGCUGGGCCGAGUACCAAGACCGGCAUCUUCCUGUUAAAUAUACGGAUAUAGAUUACGUUGUCUUCACUGAUGCCGCGCGGUUCGUCGCCGCGGGAGGUUCACCCUACCAGAGAGCGACGUAUCGGUACAGUCCCCUCCUGGCCUAUCUGCUGCUUCCCAACAUCUGGCUUCAUCCAGCGUGUGGUAAGGUGCUAUUCUCCGUCGCUGACCUUGCCGCGGCCCGUUUGAUGCACCUCCUGCUGAUCCGCGGAGGCACAUCACGGCAACGGUGUACCGCUGCACUGGUGUUCUGGUUGUUCAACCCCUAUACCGCCACCAUAUCAACCCGCGGUAGCUGCGACGUGAUUAGCGUGGUACUGCUGCUUUGCCUGCUGGUGGGCCUGCUGUACGGCAAGCCACUGACGUCAGGCGCGCUGUACGGACUUGCCGUACAUUUUAGGAUUUAUCCGGUUAUCUAUGGGCCGUCGAUUGUGCUGUUCCUGAUGCGGAGGGCUCUUAGGCACGAAGGGCUAGAUCGUACGGACAAUGCCGUACAAUCGGCGGCGGCGGCGGCAGCGGCGGCGGCCGCGCUGUUGCCCGUAGGGCUCUUCGGUGUCGCUGCCGCCACCACUUUCUCGCUGCUGGGCGUCGUGUUUUACAAGCUGUACGGCAACACGUUCCUGCAUGAGGCCUUCCUACAUCACUUGACGCGCAAAGACCCACGUCAUAACUUUUCGCCGUACUACUACCCCGUGUACCUCAGCUACGGCCAAGCAAAUACGACAACGUACGCCACCAGCAGCAGCGGCUGCGUUGACUCAUCACCGCUGUGCCUGAUGCUGGCGUCCCAAUUUCAGUUCUUUCCUUGUUUGUGUUUAUUUUUCUCUUCUCCGCAGACCUGGUGCUUCGUCACUCUGAAUAAAGUAGUCACUGCGCAGUACUUUGUCUGGUACCUCAGUCUGCUGCCGCUGGUGCUGCCGGCGCUGGCGGCGCAGCGUGCCGUACGGCGUACGGCGCUGGGGGUCGGCGGGGCCGCCUGGGUGGCGGCCCAGCUGCAUUGGCUGGCUUGGGCUUACCAGGUGGAGAUGCGAGGCCGCUCUGUGCAUCUACACCUCUGGGCUGCGUGUAUCGUCUUCAUGGCCGCCAAUACCGCUCUCCUGGUG